GAGCGCAGCGGCGCCGGCUCCGGGAGCGCCGCGGAGCCCCUGCGUGCGGCCGCGCCGGCGAUGCGGGGCCGCCCCGCGCCCGCCCGAGUCCCGGCCCCGGCCCCGGCCCCCGCGGGAAGGGGCUGAGCCGCCCGCCGCCGCCCGGAUGGCGAGCCUCGCCGCGCUCGCCCUCAGCCUGCUCCUGCGGCUGCAGCUGCCUUCGCUGCCCGGCGCCGGGGCACAGAGCGCCGCAGGUGGCUGUUCCUUUGAUGAACAUUACAGCAACUGUGGUUAUAGCGUGGCCCUGGGGACCAAUGGGUUUACCUGGGAGCAGAUUAACACAUGGGAGAAACCAAUGCUGGACCCCGCGGUGCCCACAGGAUCCUUCAUGAUGGUGAACAGCUCUGGGAGGGCCUCUGGCCAGAAGGCCCACCUUCUCCUGCCGACCCUGAAAGAGAAUGACACCCACUGUAUCGAUUUCCAUUACUACUUCUCCAGCCGUGAUAGGUCCAGCCCAGGAGCCUUGAAUGUCUAUGUGAAGGUGAACGGCGGCCCCCAGGGGAACCCUGUCUGGAACGUGUCUGGGGUCGUCACCGAGGGCUGGGUGAAGGCAGAGCUUGCCAUCAGCACCUUCUGGCCACAUUUCUACCAGGUGAUAUUUGAAUCCGUCUCUUUGAAGGGUCAUCCUGGCUACAUCGCUGUGGACGAGGUCCGGGUCCUUGCUCAUCCAUGCAGAAAAGCACCUCACUUUCUGCGGCUCCAGAAUGUCGAGGUGAAUGUGGGGCAGAAUGCCACGUUUCAGUGCAUCGCUGGUGGGAAGUGGUCUCAGCAUGACAAACUUUGGCUCCAGCAAUGGAAUGGCAGGGACACAGCCCUCAUGGUCACCCGGGUGGUCAACCACAGACGCUUCUCAGCCACGGUCAGUGUGGCGGACACUGCCCAGCGGAGCGUGAGCAAGUACCGCUGUGUGAUCCGUUCUGACGGUGGCUCCGGUGUGUCCAACUACGCUGAGCUGAUUGUGAAAGAGCCUCCCACACCCAUCGCCCCCCCAGAGCUGCUGGCCGUAGGGGCCACAUACCUGUGGAUCAAACCGAAUGCCAACUCUAUCAUCGGGGAUGGCCCCAUCAUCCUGAAGGAGGUGGAGUACCGCACCACCACGGGCACCUGGGCCGAGACCCACAUAGUUGACUCUCCUAACUAUAAGCUAUGGCAUCUGGACCCUGAUGUGGAGUAUGAGAUCCGGGUGCUGCUCACACGACCGGGGGAGGGAGGCACGGGACCACCAGGGCCUCCGCUCACCACCAGAACCAAGUGUGCAGACCCUGUGCACGGCCCGCAGAACGUGGAGAUUGUGGACAUCCGCGCCCGGCAGCUGACCCUGCAGUGGGAACCCUUUGGCUACGCGGUGACCCGCUGUCACAGCUACAACCUCACGGUGCAGUACCAGUACGUGUUCAACCAGCAGCAGUACGAGGCCGAAGAGGUCAUCCAGACCUCGUCCCACUAUACCCUGCGAGGCCUGCGCCCCUUCAUGACCAUCCGGCUGCGGCUCCUGCUGUCCAACCCCGAGGGCCGGGUGGAGAGUGAGGAGCUGGUGGUGCAAACAGAGGAGGACGUUCCAGGAGCUGUUCCCCUAGAAUCUAUCCAAGGAGGGCCCUUUGAGGAGAAGAUCUACAUCCAGUGGAAACCUCCCAAUGAGACCAACGGGGUCAUCACACUGUAUGAGAUCAACUACAAGGCUGUUGGCUCCCUGGACCCGAGUGCCGACCUCUCCAGCCAGCGGGGGAAAGUGUUCAAGCUCCGGAAUGAAACCCACCACCUCUUUGUGGGUCUGUACCCGGGGACCACCUACUCCUUCACCAUCAAGGCCAGCACAGCAAAAGGCUUUGGGCCCCCUGUCACCACUAGGAUUGCCACCAAAAUUUCAGCUCCAUCGAUGCCGGAAUAUGACACAGACACCCCGCUGAAUGAAACGGACACGACCAUCACGGUGAUGCUGAAGCCUGCUCAGUCACGGGGAGCCCCUGUCAGUGUUUAUCAGCUGGUUGUCAAGGAGGAGCGACUUCAAAAAUCACGGAGGGCAGCUGAUAUCAUUGAGUGCUUUUCGGUGCCUGUGAGCUAUAGGAAUGCCUCCAGCCUUGAUUCUCUACACUACUUUGCUGCUGAAUUGAAGCCUGCCAACCUGCCUGUUACCCAGCCAUUUACAGUGGGUGACAACAAGACAUACAAUGGAUACUGGAACCCUCCUCUUUCCCCUCUGAAAAGCUACAGCAUCUAUUUCCAGGCACUCAGCAAAGCCAAUGGAGAGACCAAAAUCAACUGUGUUCGCCUGGCUACAAAAGCACCAAUGGGCAGCGCCCAGGUGACCCCGGGGACUCCACUCUGCCUCCUCACCACAGGUGCCUCCACUCAGAAUUCUAACACCGUGGAGCCAGAGAAGCAGGUAGACAACACCGUGAAGAUGGCCGGUGUGAUCGCUGGCCUCCUCAUGUUCAUCAUCAUUCUCCUGGGCGUCAUGCUCACCAUCAAAAGGAGAAGAAAUGCUUAUUCCUACUCCUAUUACUUGUCCCAAAGGAAGCUGGCCAAGAAGCAGAAGGAGACACAGAGUGGAGCCCAGAGGGAGAUGGGGCCUGUGGCCUCAGCCGACAAACCCACCACCAAGCUCAGCGCCAGUCACAACGAUGAAGGCUUCUCCUCUAGCUCUCAGGAUGUUAAUGGAUUCACAGAUGGCAGCCGUGGGGAGCUGUCCCAGCCCACCCUCACGAUCCAGACUCACCCCUACCGGGCCUGCGACCCUGUGGAGAUGAGCUAUCCCCGGGACCAGUUCCAGCCUGCCAUCCGGGUGGCGGACCUACUGCAGCACAUCACCCAGAUGAAGAGAGGCCAGGGCUAUGGGUUCAAGGAGGAAUAUGAGGCCUUGCCAGAGGGGCAGACAGCUUCAUGGGACACAGCCAAAGAGGAUGAAAACCGCAAUAAGAAUCGAUAUGGAAACAUCAUAUCCUAUGACCAUUCCCGAGUGAGGCUGCUGGUGCUGGAUGGAGACCCGCAUUCCGACUACAUCAACGCCAACUACAUUGAUGGAUACCAUCGACCUCGGCACUACAUUGCAACUCAGGGUCCAAUGCAGGAGACCGUCAAGGACUUUUGGAGAAUGAUCUGGCAGGAGAACUCGGCCAGCAUCGUCAUGGUCACAAACCUCGUGGAAGUGGGCCGGCGCCCAGCGGAACACACUGUGGGAAAUGCCACUGUAGGCCGCGCGGCGUCCCCCGGAAUGGUGAAGUGUGUGCGAUACUGGCCGGACGACACGGAGGUCUACGGAGACAUUAAAGUCACCCUGAUUGAAACAGAACCCCUGGCAGAAUACGUCAUACGUACCUUCACAGUCCAGAAGAAAGGCUACCACGAGAUCCGGGAACUCCGCCUCUUCCACUUCACCAGCUGGCCUGACCACGGCGUCCCCUGCUAUGCCACCGGCCUGCUGGGCUUUGUGCGCCAAGUGAAGUUCCUCAACCCCCCCGAGGCGGGGCCCAUAGUGGUCCACUGCAGCGCUGGGGCUGGGAGGACCGGCUGCUUCAUCGCUAUCGACACCAUGCUCGACAUGGCCGAGAACGAAGGGGUAGUGGACAUCUUCAACUGUGUGCGUGAGCUCCGGGCCCAGAGGGUCAACCUGGUGCAGACAGAGGAGCAGUACGUGUUUGUGCACGAUGCCAUCCUGGAAGCAUGCCUCUGCGGCAAUACCGCCAUCCCCGUGUGUGAGUUCCGCUCUCUCUACUACAACAUCAGCAGGCUGGACCCCCAGACCAACUCCAGCCAAAUCAAAGACGAAUUUCAGACCCUCAACAUCGUGACUCCCCGCGUCCGGCCCGAGGACUGCAGCAUCGGGCUCCUGCCCCGGAACCACGAUAAGAACCGGAGCAUGGAUGUCCUGCCUCUGGACCGCUGCCUGCCCUUCCUUAUCUCAGUGGAUGGGGAACCCAGCAACUACGUCAAUGCCGCACUGAUGGACAGCCACAAGCAGCCCGCCGCCUUCGUGGUCACCCAACACCCUCUACCCAACACCGUGGCAGACUUCUGGAGGCUGGUGUUCGAUUAUAACUGCUCCUCCGUGGUGAUGCUGAAUGAGAUGGACACUGCCCAGCUCUGUAUGCAGUACUGGCCUGAGAAGACCUCUGGAUGCUAUGGGCCCAUCCAGGUGGAGUUCGUGUCUGCAGACAUCGAUGAGGACAUCAUCCACAGAAUAUUCCGCAUCUGUAACAUGGCUCGGCCUCAGGAUGGGUACCGCAUAGUCCAGCACCUCCAGUACAUUGGCUGGCCUGCCUACCGCGACACGCCCCCCUCCAAGCGCUCUCUGCUCAAAGUGGUCCGCCGGCUGGAGAAGUGGCAGGAGCAGUAUGACGGGAGGGAGGGCCGCACCGUGGUCCACUGCCUAAAUGGGGGCGGCCGCAGCGGAACCUUCUGUGCCAUCUGCAGCGUGUGUGAGAUGAUCCAGCAGCAAAACAUCAUUGACGUGUUCCACAUUGUGAAAACACUACGUAACAACAAGUCCAACAUGGUGGAGACCCUGGAACAGUAUAAAUUUGUAUACGAGGUGGCACUGGAAUAUUUAAGCUCCUUUUAGCCCAAUGGGGAAUCUGCUGGAGCCCAGAGGCUGCUGCAGCCAAGCCCCCUUUUCUGUGAAUGGCAGUGACUGGGCUCAGGGGCUAAGAGGCGGCCCCCUGCCCAACUCCAAGGAGAAGACUGGUGGUCCGUGUUCCGUGGUGGGCCUGCACCUUCUGAGGGUCUCCUGUAGCUGUGGGGGAUGCUGCUCUGAAAGGCCCAGACUUCCCUUCCACACCCAACCAGCCACAGCCAUGGGCCCAUGCACAUGUGCACCCAUGGCGAGGCCCUGGAUUUUUUGGUUCCCAGACCUCUUGCUUUUGUUCAAGUUUGUGAAUCUCAUGGCAAGCUGACUGUGCGAGCGUUGGGGAGUGACAGCCUCAGCAGCACCUCCCUGCCUCACUUUUCCUUGAGAGUAGAGGAGAUAUCUGUUCUACUCCUCCAUGCAGUCAUGGAAAUGAUGGGGUUCUUGGAGGGGGGGGCCUGCUCUGCUGCCUGCUGUAGGCUCCUUCAGGGAUCUCUGGCAUUGGACACCUGCCGGUCUGGAUCAUUGUGACCUCGGGAUGCUCCUGAGACCACAGCAGAGGUCCCCAUUCUCAAACAUAACCUGCAUGGGGCUUGGCCCGAUACCAUUUUAACCCCUCCCCCAGCCUAGGCCUUGACCUGUUGUUCACUGGCCAGUCCGCUGUGUCCACGCCCUUUGAUAAAGGUUCUCUUUGCUUUUUUUGUAAUCAGUGGGAGGGAGAGUGUGGAAUGUUGCUGCUCUUCCUUUUCUUUGUGAAAAGGAACCAUCUCUUGGAGGGCAGGGCUGACCUUGUGUCUCUUGGGUGGUGGCUUCCUUUAGGAGAGAGAAAAGAGUCAGUUAUUUUCUGAAGUGUAUAGGGAAAAAACUUUAUUUGGGCAUGUAAAAUCUUAGUCUCUUACGUCAAAAUAAAAGGGGGAGAGAAGUUUGGGGGUGUAACUAUAAGACAAAUCUCUUGGGCCUGUAAUCUUUCCUGGCAAUGUCCUUAAAAGAUCCCACCCUAGGACAGCGAUGCCAUUGAGCAAGGGCGACAGGCUAGUCUGAAGAUGGUCCCUUCAGAUGGGGAAGAUGAUACUAGCUUUAUGCAUAAUCUUGGAUCCCCAAAUUUGAAUUCCUUCCUGAGAAACCCCUAGCUGACAUCUUGAAAAAGGUCAUCAUGGGCCCAGUUAUGCUCUAGUUUAAAAUAGGCCAAGGAGAUCAUACCAGGGAUCUAGGAUCUUAUUGAAAGUAAAGUAUGGGUGACCCAGUGACAGGGAAGCAAUAUUUGCUAAGCAUCUACUGUACGUCAGGCUUGGCACAUUCCUUAUGACAUCUCACGCAGUCCUAGAACCCCCAGGAGAGAACUACUAGCCUGUCAUCUCUACUUUACAAUUGAGGAAACUGAGGCAUCUUCCUCACUGAUGAAAUCCUGGGUUCCAGAAAGGCAGAUAUUGGUGAUAAGACCCAUUUGUACUGUUUCCUUCAUCUUUCUCAGCAAAGCACUUAUUUUAUGGAGGGAAAAUAAGGCCAGAAACUUCUGAGCAGAGAACUCCACAAUGGAGUUCUUUCUUUCUGAUGCGAGUUCUUCUGGGAAGCCCAGUAGUUCAGAUAUAUUUUAGUAAGUCAUUCCCAGCUCCCCAGGAAAGCUAGUCCCAUCUGAUUUCUUGGCCAAUGAAAACAGUUGCCUGUUUCCUCAGGCUGUGAGGUCUGUAAGCCAGGGACAUGCUCUACUUUGGCCUCUACUAGGUGUUGAGGCACAGUAUUUGGCAGCCUCAGGGCAGCCUGGGAUCUAGGAAGCUCCACGUGGAGGCUGGUCUGGCCCCAGACAGGAGAUAAGGAGCACAGAAUUCAAUAAGGCACAGUUGUUCUCCCCAAGAGCUCCCUGUAUACUGGGGAGCUUGAACCCCAGUACAGGAGUGGUGCAGCAUAUGAGCAUCAUAUGAAACUGGGAGCAAGAGACCCUCUGCCUGCCUACGACUUCCUAGAGGAAGUAGUGCCCAUUCAAGCUGGGUCUCAACAGGUAGAAAAAAGAGGAAAAGGAAAUCAGUCCAAGGGAUCAGGAUGUAUAGUGGCAAAGAGGUGUGAAAACUCCUUGCGAUGGGAGGCAGGCAGGUGAGAGGUCAGCCCAGCUGGAGCAAAGCACGACAGGAGGGGCGGCAGGAGAUGAGCCAGGGUCAGGGAGAAGAGUGUUCCACCAAAAGCACAGACUUAGCCCUACGGGCAACAGAGAGCGAGGAGAGCAUCUGAGUGAUGUGCUCAGCUCAGUGUUAGAGAAGACUCUCUCUGGGGCCAGUGAGGCUGCCUCCUUUCCUUUCAUCAGACACUGUGAAAACAUUCCCUUAAGCGUGUGCUUUUUACUAUCACAUCUAUUUGUCUGUCUGCUCAUUAUUUUGUUGCUGGAACAAAAUAUGCAGUGGAUCAUGAGACUCCACUCUUGUGAGAAACUCAGGGUCUCUGCUCUACCGUGGAGCAGGGUGACCACUGCAGGCCCAUGAGGAUGGGACAUGAAAGGAGCCCACAGAAACUGUUCCCAUUGGUGUGGGCUCUGGAGCUGUCUGGAAGUCCAGGGACACCAGACGUGAUCACAGAAGGGCUGUCACUUUGCAGGUUCAAAAGGAAGCAUCUCAAAGGGAAGGAAGGCAAAGAAGCCCCCCAGUGAACUCACUCUUCUCCUUUGAUGGGUCCUUUCCCUGGUGUACUUGAGCAGGUCCCCAGGCCCCAGCUCCCACUGGUCGUGCUGGCUUCCCCUGGCUCCAGUCCACUGCUCCUGCCAGCCCUCACACAGCCUUCAAGGAGCCUGUAGCAGAGAAAAUCAAAUGCUCUUUGCUCAGACCCUGGCUCAUCCAUGCAGAAUGGGGGAGGGGGGCUAUCCAACACAAAUCCUAGGAUUUAUUUUGCUCUGGAAGGGGUGACAGAGCUGGCAGAUAAAAAUGACACUGGCUUCUAUCAUUUCAAAUGGUAGGAAUUUAAAUUUUGACUUUAGGGAUAAGGGAAGUUGUAAAAACUCAGGCCAUGGUGGGGUAAUCGACCCAACAAGGCCCAGCGAUGGUUCCCCCAGUUCAGCGCCCCCAUUUCCUCAAAAUGCAGCUACUCUCCAAAGAAGGCAUGGCAGUGAACAGGUCUUAGGCCAGUUUACAGAGGAAGAAAUUAAGGCUCAUGAUGGGAAUAUCUUCCCUAAGAUUGCACAUGGCAUGCAUGUAGCAGGGCAUGAUGGAUGGGAUGGGGACACUGAUGCCCUGGAAUUUGGACUUGAUCCAUUCCCUGGGAAAUAAGAGAAAACGCCACCUCCCCCAAGGUAUCUUCCCACCCCACUCCACUUAGAGGAUGGGCUACCUUUUACAAUUCAGAGGAAAACAGUAUCAGUAGUAUCAAUCUCUGAGUUUCCACAUCAAAAACUAGCCUCUUGUCUCUGGGGAGCCAAGGGAAGUGCCCCCAAGUAGUACAGAGCCUCAGGGCCACCUCCUAGGUAUGGACCCUGUUUGGAGAUGUGCAGAAGAAGCCAGGAACUCUCCCCAAGCUGCAUGCAUUUGUGGCCUAGAUGGCUUUAGGCAGUAUCUUAGCUGUGCCUCAACAUUGUGUCCUUUUACCCUUUCUGGGCCUCUAGAUGACCACAGCAGGCCUCCCUUUGUGGGAACAGAGGGAUCAGAUUGCUUUUAGUGCUGGCCUUCUCUUUGGGUGCGGCCUGAGCAGUGGCCUGCCAACUGUGAGCCUUCACAUGGAACCAGAAGACCAUGUGCUGGGGACUCUUAACAAGUGAGCUCACUGAAUUCUCCCAACAUCCCUAAGAUGUGUUUGCAACUGUCACCAUCUUACAGAUGAGGAAACUGAGGCUCAGAGAGGAGAAAUCACUUGUCCAUAGUUCCCCAGUUAGUGAACAGGGGGGAUCCAGGAAUUAAACUGAUACUUCUGACUUCAAAGACAAUAUUUUUCCUCCAUUGUGUCUCAGGUUUUCCCACGGGUCUACCCAUAGUAGCAAAGCCUGGGGUGGAACAGAUAACCCAAUGGAUCUUGUAAAGCCCAAAGCAGAUAAGCUUAAAAUUCCUCCACAGUUUCUUGUUUUACUUUAACAAUUCAUGCGAUACUUGCCUUCUACUCUAAUUUGCCUGAUUUAAUGGGACUGUAUUUUUUAAAUGAUGUGCCCUGGUCCUUCAUGUGGCUUUGGUCCCCUCAACUCCCUAUGACAGACCCUAGGGAAUCAUAUCCCAGUCUGAGAGGCACCAUGUCUGGCCAUGCUGCUUCCUUCCUCCUGAGGCCAAUUCCAGACUCAGGCUCAAGACCAGCUCAGCUUCCCCAGGCAGAUCCUUUGGUGUGGGGGUACCGUGACCUCACUGUUCAUGGGUUGAUCUCAACUUGUUUCUUCCAGUUAGAUGCUGGAAAGAACCCACUGGUAUAUCCUAGAAUGAUGAGGAUGUGUCCAUCUGGCAUAGUGAAGGGUGAGCCCAUAACACUGUAAAGGGAAAGGAUAAGAUGCACACAGGCUUUCUCAGCAGAUUCCUGAAGGCUGGGACUUGGAGAAGGUGUGAUGUACUCUGUCCAGGUGGAGUCACAUGGUUGCUAAUGUGGGCAAAUCUAAAGACAUGCUUCACAUGAGGGGCUGGGGGUCUUAAAGGCUUCUUACUUUACUUCAAUCACACAUACUUGGCUCCUGCCACAUGCCAGGGCCCUGGAAGGGGUGCUGCCAGGAACAACAGGUUAUUAUGGGACAGUUCAUCCCGUGGUGAGGCAUUGGGGUGGCAGUGGAAAGAGCUUAGUCUUUGGUUCAAAUCACAUCCUGACCAUUUCUUAGCUGUAGAAUGUUAGGCCAACCAAUUAACGGGAAAAGAUGUGAAAAGAGGAGCCUCGGCCAAGGUAGAAGGCACAGAUUUGGAGAGCUUUGGGCAGGAAAACAAGAAGGCAAGGCCAAGAAGUUGGGACCCAACGGAAACACUCAAGUAUGCACAUGAACUACAGGGAAAAGUGAUCAUUUCUGUGGCCCAGCAGGACAGGGGACAGGGAAGCCUGGCCAGGACCACUGGGAGCAAGGGUGUCACUUUAGAAUAAGUUUCACUGUCUCAGAAAAAAGGCUGUAAUUCUCCUUGUGACCAAUCAGAUCAUGUCUAUUCAUCAUCUGCUCGCUGUUGCUAAACCAGCUCCUAAUCUGUGUCCUCACCAGGGUCCACAUUUCCUCAGCUCUGGCAUGAAUCCUGCUGUGUGCAUACAGGUGUCAGUCUACUUAGGCUGCUCAGACAGCAGAAGGGUGGCCCAGGGAAGGAUAGCCAUGCAGGCACCAUGUCAUCUCAGCAGGAGUAACUGUCCAACCCCGACCCAGAGACACUGAAGGAGAUGAUAAUUCCCCUCCACCUCACUGCCUUAGAAAAGAAUGAAGAAAGCCACCCUCCUUUUGCCUUCAUCUGGUCACUGCUGGGCUAGACAGGCCAUCAGCACCCAGCUAAGUCAGGAGGAAUGCUGUGGGAAACAUGAACAAGCCCAGGAGUAAGAGGAGCAGGGUGCUAACAGAUUGUUCUGGGCCAGAUAUCUGGGGUAAUUAGCACCCACAAUGGUAGACCCUAGGCUUGGCAUCCUAGCUAUCUAAGUAAGAGCUUAGGGGUGGUCCAUAGGGGCUCAUACAAGGAAUGUGAGAGGACUCCGGAUGAAAGAGGCUAUAGGUAAGACCCCUUUGGGGCUGGAUCACCAUGUAAUCUCCUUCUGUAUCCAGGAGCUUCUCUGGGUGUUGGGAUUUGGACCCUGAUUCUUGGUUGGCAUGUUCAGAGAAUGAGCGUCUGAGGGCAGUAGAGCAUUAGACAGGAAGGUAUUGGUGUGAAAGCCUGGAGCUCAGGGUAAUUAAUGUAAUUUAUGGUUCCUUGGUGAGUCGAAUUCUUAGAUUUGGGGGAGGAAAGGGAAUGUGAAGUAACCUGCCAGCAGUGCAAAACUGGGUAAGCACACUUCAGUGCAUUUGAGUUUGUGAAUACAAAUCUGUAGGCCUCCUGUGAGAUGGUCUCACAAACUCACCAUGCCCCCACCUCUCCCAUGGAAGAUUAAUGAUUGAAGAUGUUCCUUGGGUCAAAGCACCAGGGCAGUCCAGAGGCUCUGAGAACCAAGUAGUGCCAUCCCAGUUCAAAUCAGACUUCCAAAGGGUCAGGCAGAAUGCUAGUGCCCAUAUGCUCCAUAGGUCUGUAGAUCAUUGGACAAAUUCAAGCAUGGUUCUCUAGUCCCAGGUCACUCCUGUGAGUGGAACUAGGACCACUAGGUAAAGCUUGAUGACUGUAAGGAAGAAUUUGCUAUAUGCCAGAGAGGAUAAGCUGCCCAUAUGAGCAGUGGUCCUGCAGAGCCAGACAUCUCUUUAAAGGGAAGAAAGAUAAUUGCUGAGAUGACCUUUAACUUUCUUCCACCCUAGAUGAGUGAUAUUUAAUGCAGGUGGGACCAUAUUUGAACUCCUUCAUUCCUGCAGAGCACAAAACCAAGGCUGGGUUUGGCUUGUGCAGGUUGAAGUUCCCUGCUCUCCUGUCCAAGUCUUCCCACCAUGCAAGCGAAGAUGCUGCUCUGGCCCCAUAGCCAGCGCUAAUCCAGGCUGGUUAUCACCAGAAUGUCCAGAGAGAAUAGCUGCUUUGCCACAGACCCAAUGCCCACCAAGAUCUGUGAUGAGACCAACCAUACUUCAGAUCCACUGGCCAACAAAGCCUUCAGUGGUAGCCAGAACUAGUAAAGGUCCAAGCAGGACCCAGAGCAGGGCUUUGCUUACCACACACAUGGUCUCCAGAGGUUACUUCUGCCACACUCCCCACUCAAGGCCUGUUGGAGCAGACUGCAUAAAGUAAAAGCACAGUGACUCUGUUGGCACAUAAUUGUAAUCAUCCCCAAAGCAUCCAUUUCAUUGCCAGGUGGAUCCUGGGCUAGCCCAAGUUAAUCCAGGCUAACCCAUGUUGGCAAUCAUACUCAGAAGCACUUUUUCACCCUAAAUGAACUAGCCAAUAAAAGGCAGAGUUGGGGCUUCUACCAUUGCCUUGGCUACUGGACACCAUCACAGCCCUCUAAGGGUCAUCAUGGGGUUCCCACACGACUCGAGGGAGACUGACAUUUUCACAUCCACUGGGCAUAUGAUAUUGCAUGAGACCAAAGUCUCCACACUGUUUGCAGCCUCCUCCAUGAAUCCCAAUGGCCUGCACUUGUACAGUUUGGGUGUUUGAUAGAUAAAGCACGUAUGAGAAGAGAAAACAAAAUAAAUCAACUUUUUUAAAAAGCCAGCACUGUGCUGUCAAUGUUCUUUUUUUUUUUUCCUUUUCCUUUCCAAUUCUAGCUUAAAAAACCAGAAGGUAAAUAAUGUCAGGUCAAUGAAUAUCAGAUAUAUUUUUUGACUGUACAUUACAGUGAAGUGUAAUCUUUUUACACCCUGCAAGUCCAUCUUAUUUAUUCUUGUAAAUGUUCCCUGACAAUGUUUGUAAUAUGGCUGUGUUGAAAUCUAUACAAUAAAGCUGUGAUCCUGAGAUUCAUGUUUUCCUAA